CCCCCCCCCCUCUCUCUCUCUGUUCAUGAAGAACAAUCCAGCAAUGCAGAGCCAUUCAUUUGAAUAUAUCACGUCAAGUGUCUACCCCUUUUGAUCUUUUAAGACUCUCUCCAGCUCAACUCGUUUCGUUUUGGCACGUAAAACAUGUCGAUGAUGACAGGGACGGGGACGAGGAGGCAGAAGUGGCAAUACCCGCAGCCACCGACCCCGAGAAUACUUUACCUCCCUGGCCGCAAUGCUCGCCGCAAAGCAUCUCGAGCAGGGAGGCCCAGCUCCGGUGACUCCCGGAGAGACAGGAAGGAUGAUACGAAGCUCGAAGCGCUGUUCGAGGAGGAGCGCGAGUUCUUGAAGGGCGGUGAGGGUAAAGGAGGGGGUGGCUCGGUCCCGGUUGUCCUCUUCGGGGACUACGAUGACGGGGAGAUGAGGAGGAGAGAAGGCAGUGGAGGUGAUGGGGCUGAGGUGGAGGAGGAGGAGGAGGAGGACAAGUGGCGCUUUCAGGCGGAGGUGCUGAGGGCGGAGUGCAACCUUCUGAGGAUGGAGAAGGAGAUCGCAGUGAGGAAGUUGGACCGGAGUCGGGUCUACUUGGAACGGACUCUCCGGUCCGCUAUCGAAGCUUUGGUCUCCGGGAGGAAGAAGAUCGGUGAAGGGAAAAACAUAGCCACAGUUCUGGAGGAGGAGAUACAGAAUCUGGUUGACGAGCUCAAGGAGCUGGGAAAGGGCUCAAGAGCUAAAGAUACUACCUGGGCGCGGAACUGCAGCAAUUUCGAUCGGCAGGUGACGGUUCUCCAGAGAAGGCUAGACAAACUCGGUAGCUUGUCAGAAGGGAAACGCGUGGAGAAGAUCCGUAAGAUGGCCGAAGAGAGCCUGUCAAUGAGUACAAGUUCUCCAACUGAAGUCAAAGUCGAGCACAUGGUUUCCAACGGUGAUUCCGUUGAGAUUCUUAGGCGGAAAAUGGAGGGAUUGUCGAAGGAUAUGCUGUUAGUGAAGAUGGAGGAAGAAUACGAUUCAAUUCUUUCUACAGCAGACAGUUCGGUUUCAAGUUCUGCCUCUACAUCGAAUCGAGUAGAAUGUCUCGGUCACUAUGUCCCCUUUAUUCGUCAGGCCAACCAAGAGAGGUCGGGUCGCAAGGAAGGUGCUGCUACUUGCUCAGGGCACUGCAAGGCUGUGGUGCGUAGGAUCGUAGAGCAAGUUCGGGCUGAGACAGAGCAGUGGUCUCAGCUGCAGGAUAUGCUGGGACAGGUGAGGGACGAGAUGCAAGAGUUGCAGGCUUCUCGGGACUUCUGGGAGGAUCGGGCUCUCAGUUCCAAUACUCAAAAUCAAUCCCUUCAUUCCGCUGUCCAGCAAUGGAGACAGAGGGCUCUCUCUUCCGAAGCGAAGGUAACUGAACUGCAACUCAAAGUAUCCCUGCUCCGGGAUGAAAUCGAUUCAUUGAAGAAAGACCUCAGCACCCAAUCUAUGAGUCGCAGAAAUUCUCUGCCACUAGCUCCGAGUCCCCGAAACGAGACCGAGAAGCGGGUCUUGGUUUGUAGCUUGAAGGAAAACCAUCAGAAUGGUCUUGCUGUGGGCUUUUCGGGUAUAGACAGGAGAAGGAAAGUCCACAGCUGCAGCAGCAGCAGAAGAGAUUCGGACUUGAAGAAGUCUCCUCUUCGAGAUAUUGGAAACUCGUCGCAGCAGAACGCCAAGUUGAUAUUUCCUUUGAGUUGCCAUCUGAGUUCCAACUAACUAAUAGGGAAGAAAGAACUGUUGAGUGCUUAUUGCACUUUAGCUGUAUUUUACCGAAGGAGAGUUAUGAUUACAGUAUGAUAUAUUCUAAGACUGGCAGACUUGGAUCUCUUACAAAGAAACCAUCAAAUGAAAAUUCAAAUAUUCGUCAUUAA